UUGUGCUACGGUUUAUCCACCCCCCUGCUGCUGCUGGGCUUGCGAUUGCCGCUCGCUCCAGCUGAGCUAAGAGUAGCAGCGGCACCAGGGCAGGGACUGAUUCCAGCCCUUGGACUUAGGACAUCGCAACACCUUCCGUUACGUGCGUGACUCAUUCGCACAUCAUUUCUGUUUAUGCCUGGGGUGGGGAGAAAAAUCCCAAACCAGCUGUGUAAAUGAGUAUGGAAGAUUAUGAUUUCCUGUUUAAAAUUGUUUUAAUUGGCAAUGCUGGUGUGGGGAAGACGUGCCUAGUCCGACGAUUCACUCAGGGUCUUUUCCCCCCAGGUCAAGGAGCCACAAUUGGAGUUGAUUUUAUGAUUAAGACAGUGGAGAUUAACGGUGAAAAAGUAAAGCUUCAGAUCUGGGACACAGCAGGUCAAGAGAGGUUUCGGUCUAUUACCCAGAGUUAUUACCGAAGCGCCAAUGCCUUGAUCCUCACCUAUGACAUCACCUGUGAGGAGUCCUUCCGCUGCCUUCCGGAGUGGCUGCGGGAAAUAGAACAAUAUGCCAGCAACAAGGUCAUCACUGUGCUAGUGGGCAACAAGAUAGAUCUGGCUGAAAGGAGAGAGGUCUCCCAGCAGAGAGCAGAAGAAUUCUCCGAAGCUCAGGACAUGUAUUAUCUGGAGACCUCAGCCAAGGAAUCUGAUAACGUGGAGAAACUCUUCCUUGACUUAGCUUGCCGCCUCAUCAGUGAAGCCAGGCAGAACACACUUGUGAACAAUGUAUCGUCACCCUUACCUGGAGAAGGGAAAAGCAUCAGCUAUUUGACUUGUUGUAAUUUCAACUAAAGGCCGAGGCAUGCAGAAACAAAAGCAAUCAGCAGCUGCCCCGAUAGGCCACGAGUUGCUGGGGAGAUCUGGCGAUGAUGGUGGCUCCUGCUCUCGGACCUUCUGACUCCUGUGGCUCCUGAGUUUACAAAGCAUGGCAGGCCAAGGGCCUUGCCCCCAGGCCGGCAUUCACAGAACAUGUAACAGUUUGACCCUUUUGCAGUCUGGAGUCAGAGCAAGGAGAAAAUUGCACUACGCGCUCCAUGACCUGCAGAGCAUGUUGCUUUUGUUUUUUUAAAACAAGUAAAAGCGCAUUCCUGAACACAGUCCAGGGGAAUCCCUCCUGCACAUCAGUGGGUGCAUGUGGGGGGCUGUUCUUUAGGGCUUCUGGAGGCCCUGGUUUUCUUGUCCACCUGAUAAACCCAAACUGGGGAGGCCAAGAACUGUCUCUGUGGUACGUGCUGAUGACCCCAUGGAGAUGUUGAAAAGUGUUAUUUCUCUUGUCCACAGGCACUUUCAAGAACUUUGGGAUGUAAAAAUGAAAUGAAACCCUUACCCAUGAUCAACAGUUAACAAUUAUUGUUUUAAUAAUAUAUACAAGCUCCAUGACUCCUUUUGGUGCUAACGAUUCUACUAUUUCACAGACCAAACGUUUUAGUACAUUGAUGUCGUUAAAUGUAUUUCAUAGAAAUAAAAAAUAAUAAUAAGGGAAGCCCAUGAAUCAGCACUCUUUCUAAAAGUCUCAUCGCUACCUUUUCUAGGGUAGAUUGGUUAGAAAAGAGAAUACGUUCCUUUCUUGUUCCCCAUUUUCUUCUAUUCUCCCAUCUUUCCGGCCCUUUACGCAAAUGAAAAACUUUGAAAAAAAAUGGUUGAUAAUAUUCUAAUAUAAAAGAUUAGCUCUAAGACAUGAUGAGUGGUAUGAUAAAACAGACCAGAUCUGACCAAAAUACUGUGGAUUAAAGGACUGAGAGUUGCAAACAGAACACAGUCCUUCAUAGCAGGUCACGUCUUUUACUUUCUGGUUCUAUCCAUCUUGGACAGACCAAGGCUUAGGAUUUUUGUAGACGUUUUUAGUAUGAUAAGUGAGACUAGCAACACAUGGCAACUCUCAUGAACCAUUUUUGUAUCUUCAAUGGUAACCUUAGAAAAUUUCUGCUUGUGGAAGCAGGUUGAAUUGUCAUUUGUCAGCUCCUUCUUGUAGUAAUGUCCCUCUCAGACCAUACAUUCUUUCCUGUUUCUUUUCUCUUUUCCUCUCUCUCUGUCCUGGUCUCCCCCUUCUUUUCUUCUUCCCUCCCUCCCCUGCUCUUUCCCUCACUCUUCCCCAUCCCCUCCUUUCCUUAUAUGCAUGUGUUACUGCAAAUCUCCAAUUCAAAUGGAGGUGUAUAUGCCUUUAUUUAGCCAAUUUAAAAACAGGACUCAAAAUGGAAGAGGUGCUGCUGAAUAUGUUACUAUUUCUUCAGUGCCAUACUUUGAUACCUUCCAAUUUGUUCACUGAUAUAAAUGCAAAUUGGGAAAAAUAAUUAAACAUGUAUGAUGUUGAUGCUGUCAGAUGUUUAUAGAGCUUGCUGUUUAGCAUAACUGAGAGAUGAGUAAUGGAUUAAGGGUAAUAUAUGUAACUCCACUGCUUUUGUAGAUGGUGGCGAUCUCAGUCCUGAUACUUUGAUGUUUGAAAGCCAUUUAAUUUUAAGGAAAUGAGUCACGUAGAGACACGAUUUUGAUAAAGAAUUUCUAGCAUUUCUCUAGCAGGUUUCAGAGUGACCGACCAUCUCUUGCUCAUAGGGACUAUACAUAUUGUUUAAGGAACUGAUACUUUUGGUUUGACUCACUGUGUUUGUACCGAUCCUAUGGAUAAGAGGACUCCAGGAGUUUGAAUUGCUUUUAUCUCACAAUCUGCAGGAAAGAAAAAUCAUUUUAAUAAACAUCAACCACAAUAAUUUAUACAGUAUCUAUUGCCUUUUCCUCCCCAUCUUCCCCACUAAGGCAGCCAGUAAAUGUACUCAGAAAACAAGUUGAUCAAGGUGGGCAAAAGAACUCUUUUUACAUUGCAAGGAAAUGUCCCUAAGUUCAGAUUUAUUAUCUUUCAGUUAGGGCAAAAAUCCAGUUUCCCCAGUACACCAAGACCCAACUUUAUCUCACAGCAGCAAGUGUGUUGAAAAUAAAGUUGCUUUGUUACUUUAGAGGAUAGGAAUUUGUUAGACCGGACACAUUUAGUUGUAAAAUAAAAGCUUCAAGAGCCGCUCUUGCAUUUUGAAAUUCUUAUUCCCUAGGGCUCAGCCGCCUCUAUCUACCCUUGGCUGUACUCAGAAGGGGAUUAGAAAGCUCUGCUUUUGGCCCCUUGCUACCCUUUAACUCCUCCCAGCCUCUCUGUAAUUUCCAGACACCCGUCCAUGGCCCAUCAGCAGGGACACAUGAGAAUGUAGGGCUUUGUUUCUUUCUUUCUUUUCCCCUUAGCUGUGUGAAUUCCAGAUUAGGCCUUAUGGACACUUGUUCACUGAUGUAUCUCAAGUUUGAGAAUAAUGCCUGGCAAUAUUGUAGGUACUCAAUAAGUAUUAGUUGAAUAAAUUACUUAGUGCCAAGAGGAACUUUUCUUGAUUAAAUAGAAAUUUUUCAAAUAGAACUUGAGAAAGGACAUUAAUUAAAUGUGCUCUUCUUAACCCAGGCCAGAACCUAAACUUAGUGGUUUGCCCUCUAGUUCUAACCGUCGUGUCAUUCUUUGCUGUGAUGAGUCUUCUUCAAUAAAAAUGAAUUCUCACUGAAGGGUGGAUGCAAAAGAGAGUUGCUUUCUCCUAAUUCAGUUUGGCUUGAUCUGACUUAUAAGACUUACCGGAGUUCAUGUCUGCUUCCAUUUUUGGUGUGAUCUUUUUCUUCUUUUAAUAAAAUUGCUAAAUAUGUGGCAGAAGUUUUUGAUUUCCAAUGAAAAUGCAUCAUAGUCACGUCAUGGAGUCAGGUUUGGGAGAAUGUGUGAAAUCAUAUAGCUUGCUGACAUUAAUGAUAUUUUAUUAUGGCUUUGUGUAGACUGUAUCCUCAAAUGAUUUUGUGCUUUCUCCUAUACCUAUGCAAGGCUUUUUAUUCCUUUAUAUGCUUUUAUUAGGUCUAUUAAAUUAUGUUAACAUUUAAUUUUGGUUAUACAGGACCAAUGAUCCUUUCUGUGGAUUACUUGGAUUAGGCCAUAAACUGUGCCUGGCCUUUAUUGUUCCCUUUUAGUCAUUUCAUGUUUGCAUCUGUUCCUGAGUAAAGUGGCAAGAAAAUAACUAAAAAUGAAAGUCAAAUGGAUUGAUUUGACAAUGUGUCAAUUUCUGAUUUGGAGUUUGGUGAGAAAGGUAAAAACUACCGGCCAAAAUAAGAUAUUUGGAUUAGAAUUAUUUAAGCAGUUUGGACUUGUUGGAGGGAGGAGACAGAAUUUAAUAGAAGACUGGAUUCUUCUUUCUUCUGUGCUUCUUUCUAUAUGCUUUUGGAGGACACUGGUGACUUCCAUGGUUAGCUCAGUGAUUUACCUUUUAGCUAUCCCAUAAUUCUUCCAGAUUCAGCAUCCAGUUUUAGUUAAUGUGUCAUUCUGAGUAAGUACCAGUUUUAAGUGAUUUUGAAUUGGUCUUCUGACUAAAUUGAAAAGAUCUUUUUUUAUAAACCAAGCCACGUGAAUAAGAUAUCAUCUUAUUAUAUUCAGAAAAAAAACUUUUUCACUUUUUCCCCUCAUAUAUCAAACCGAUGGCUUUAAAGAUAAGACAUUUUCUAUAUCCUAAUCCUGCAGAACUCUGUAUUUCAUGUUCAUUAGUACUUUUGGGACCAAUGCCCUGUUAGCCUCUGGAAGAGCUCCUCUAGGGUUUGCCCUUAUUUCUAGAAUUUUUUAACUGCAACUGGUUACUUACUUUCCUCAACCACAGUCCUGACGGAUGUGUUUCAAUGCAACUAUACUAAUACUUUUAAGACUUAACUAGAAAAUCAAAAGCAGUGAAAAACAACCUUCCACCAUAAGCAGUAUAGUUGAACACUAAUUCUGGGAUAAGAGGGGGUGUGUUUUCUUUCUUCUUUUUGGAUUUCAUUUCUGUCACAUGAGCCUAUGUGUGUUUGGCAGGAAAUCUGCCUUCCCUUACAUUCUUCUCACUGGGUACAAAGCGUACUGAAUUAAGUAGUUAUCAUCCCUUCAAACAACUAAUUAAUAUAUAGUAAUGUUAGACCAAGGGAGAUGACACUUCAUCUUUCCUAAGUCCAUGAUGUUGAAAUGUUACAAUCAUUCUUGGAAGCCAUACUUUGGAAUGAAAAACAAAAUGGAGGCAUAACAAAGAUGGUGAAUGAAUUUAAAAUUUAAGACAUUUGAAGAAUACGUGAAGGAUUUGGGGCGAUUUAGCCCAGGAAUGAGAAAGAAAUGUAAUUAAUACAUUAGAGAAAGAUUUUGUGGGUCAAAGGGGGUGAAAAGAGGUCCACUAAAUAGAGGCCAUAGGACCACAGAUUUCUUAGGGAGAACUUUCUUAAAAAGACGGUUCACCAUGAAAAGGGCUGCUUUGGGUAAGAGUUUCUGUCAAGCAGAGGCUAAAAAAAAACCUCAGCAAAGAUGAUGUGGAGAGGAUCCCAGCGUUGGCUGGGGGUUGGACCAGAUGACCUAUUAACAUUCUAUUUUGUAGUACUUUACCCCUCAUAACAUUAUAACAUGUUUAGUUAAAUAUUUGUUGACCCAGAGCUAAUGAUUUUUUAUUUUUUAAGGCUUUGCUUUUCUACCAAAAGUGCAUCCUACCUUCCAGGGAGGAGGUUAGUUGUAUGUUUUUAGGCUAAAAGACUACUUGCAAUCAUGCCCUCAGCUGAGAUUGCUUUGUCAGUCCAUUUAUUGAUGUCCUGUUGAAAUCACAAAAUAGUUCUUCAGUUAAACAUUUUUAAAGUGUAUUGUUUUAGUAGAAGUUACAGGAAAUCGUGAAAAUUGUAUAUUUGUCACUUGCCAAACAUAGGCCAGGCUCAGUUUAGUGAAUAAUUAGUGUCUCUUCAGGAUAGGCCUUUUAAACAGGACAGACUCUUCAGUGAAAGAUCCCAUAAAUACACCAACGUGAAAUUUUGCAGCUCCCAUCAGAGACAGGCAGGUGGACCACUGGCAUAAGCAGUUCCCAAGAUCUAUUUUGGAAAAAUCUCAAAUGCCCUUUGGUCAGUGGGUUUCUCUUGAAGAAACACGAUCUGAAAAUGAAUUUUAACAGAACUGAGGCCAAAUUGCUUCAUAUAGAAAGUAAUAAAACACAGGUCUUUGAAAAUCAGAGAUGACUAUAAGCGGCAUUUGCUGAUAAAUCUCAUGAUCCAAAUGAUUCCACCUGCAAAAUAACAUGCAUCCUUGCUAGGCUGAUAGAUUCAUUGGCCUUGCAUCACUGUGGUGAGAAACACUCGAGUUUGGGUGAGACUUCCUUGGACUCCUUUGGCUAAAAGGUCAGGGCAUAAAAGCGAGCUACCUCUUCUUUAAUUGACGACCUGAGGUGCAUGAGUCAACAUUCUACUUUCCCAUUGAGUGAAAGCAUGAUUUUUGGAGAUGUUGUGUUCUAGUUCCUGAUGGAAUCCUUGGCGGGUUGUGAUUCUGACACGUAAUGGAGUGAUGUAGGGAGAUGUAUAGAAGGGAGACCGUAGGCUAGGUGUGAGGGGGCCUAGUACUGCCAUGAAUUAAUCAGCUGUAACUUUAUGCAAAGCACAAUCUCUUGAGCAUCAGUUUCCUCAUCGAUGAGACAGACUUAUAAUACCUAUCAGGAUUAUAAUGAAAAUUAGAUAAGAUACAUUGAAAGUACAGUGCUUAGUAAACAAUAAGCACUCAAAUAUUAGUUCUUUUCUCCUUGAUUAAAAGCAGACUUUGGAUGGUCUGAUGCAAAUAUAGAUCCUUAGGACUAAACAAAGAACCCUUCUUGACUUCUAAGAGCUCCAUUUCUGAAAGGGUCUUAAAAGGAAAUCACUUAUUUGAUUCAUCAGUCUGCCUUUGGACGUUACUGUUACCCAAGAGACUCUUCAUUUCUUUACAUACUUCAGGAAAGACAUAUUCUCUCUCUCUCUCUCUCCCUCCACCCCCUCCACAGGCAAUUCCAGGGUUGUAAACUCCUCAUUAUCAACAAACUUAACCUUAUUAUUGAAAUACCUCACAGUGCAAUUUGAACCUCUUUCUUCUUGAUCCUGUUGUCCAUGGGAAGGAAAAUGGGUUGAUUUUAUUUUCUUUUUAAGUGGCUGUGUUUGCCACUUAUUAUUGCCCUUUUGCCUCACUGUUUUUCUUUAAUGACAGUCAGAAAAGAUCAUUAAGGUGAUAAUAAUUAUUCCCUUGGGGAAUGUCAGGCUAGGUAUUUAUAAACUCAGCUUCUUAUUGGUAUGAGAUUUAGAUCAUAAUGUUGCUGUUGGUUAACUCUUCAAUUAUCCAUGUAUUUCUCUUCUUUAUGUAACAUAAUUGAUAACAAAGUGUGCUUCUGAAGAAUUAUUCUGGUAGUGUGACUCUUAUUUCUUUUUCUUGGUAAAAAUGGAGUCAUAAUACUAAUUUUGUAAUCUGCUUUUAGUAUUUACUUUCAUAGAUAGUAUUGUUUAAUAGACAUAAUUACCAACCUUGAAAUUUAGCAGGGUUUCUUUCCCUUUCUACAUAUGCACUAAAGUCUGAAAUAAAAUCUGGAAUAUCAUAUGCUUAAUAAAGCAAAAAUUCAUGUACAGAAUAAUAAAAGAUAAGAAUCUGGUCUAUUAGAAUAAUUUGUCACUCGUUGGUUGAAUGGUGCAUAGCUUUUGUUUAAGGUUACAUAGUUAUGCUUCGAUUAAAGAACAAUAACAAGACUUGAUAACCCUUUGAAAAACAGCUGCUAAACAUAUUGCUUUCUGGAAUGUAAUCAUUAGGAAUAAAUAUUCUCUAAUCCUAUACAAUUGCAGAAUGCUAGUGGAACUUUCUUGUAGGCUAUUUGACAAUGAAUGUUAAUUGAUUUAAAUAAAAACAAAUUGUUUUUUAA